AUGGCAAAGGACUCGUCCCCGGUCCUGCAAGAAAGCAUCGAAAUCAUGAAAUACUUGCAACUGUGGCCCCAAAACGAACACACAAAUUUACGCCGACGCUUUUGCUUUGUUAUUCUCCUCUGUUCCCCUUUAACCCUCGGACUAGCUGCACAUCUGAUCGUGUGCAUUAAAGACAAUUUGGACGUGGAGUUGAGUGCAAACAUCGCAGUCCUGUCUGCAGUCACCGGCUUGACUUACAUGCUCAUCGUGUUCGUCUGGAGCCAGGACAAAGUUGUGCAUCUUUUAGCAAAACUGGGCACUCACGAGAUAUUUGGCACCCCAGAUAAUUUCAAAAAACGCAGCCGAAGGCUCGAUUUUUACGCAAAAUUGUACUCGUAUUACUGUUACUUUGGGAUUGUGAUUUACUCGCUGCUGCAAAUUAUUGAAAUGCCUGAGUGUCGGAAAAUUAAUGAAGAGAAGGGUCUGAGUGAGAUUUGCGGCAUGAUUGUGCCGUUUUGGGCGCCUUUUGACAUUGACUGGUUUCCGUUAAAACAAAUUUUUUGGUUCGACCAACUUUUGGGGAUUUAUAUUAUUAUUAAAGGAGGGGCGGCUGUUUCGAUCACUACGUUUGAAGUCGCUCAGUAUAUUUGUCUUAAAAUUAAGCAUCUUAAUAGUCUUUUGAGACAAGCUUUCGACGACCCGCACGAGGAAGUCAUAGAAAAGAGGCUCCUGCACUGUAUUCGCUACCAACAACAUAUCAUCAGAACGAAUGAAUUGUUUAAUGUCUGUUAUAAGCACUGCAAUGGAUGCUAUGUGGUCAUGGUGGGGAUCAUAAUUGCCAGUCUUUUAAACCAAAUUAUUAAAGUAACAGCCCCCGGAUUCUUCCAGAGCUUGACAAUCCCGGACGCGGCGUUGGACUCAAAAUGGUACGAAGCUCCGAUCAAGUCGCAAAAAAUGCUGCUUUUGCUCUUGGUACGCUCGCAGAAAGCGUUCAAUCUUCACGCCACGCCAGUUGGUAUCAUGUCGUUUGCCCUUUUUGUUGCAUUGCUUAAAACUUCGUACUCGUAUUUCACUCUUUUGCACCAGUCCACUUAGACAAGCUUAUCUGGAUGAUUAAUUACGAGAAAUAAAGUAGUGUUU